AUGAUAAAUUAAGACAGUGCAGAUCUUGACAUAUAACAGGAAGGCUUUGAUUUUUAAAAAUUCUUUGACAAAAAAUGUUCGAAUUAAGAACCUCAAAAGGAAGAGGUCCAUAAAUCUAAUUAGUCUGAAAGCUAAUAACAAUGUUAAGGGGAUACUUUAAGGGCAUUAGUCAAGAAUAUUAAAAUUGAAAAACAAGUAGCGGGAAGAAAUAAGAAAAAUAAAAAGAUUUAAUGGAAUGAAAAGAACACCAAGAUAUUUAAAGAUCUCUAUUAAUAAUAUUCAGGCAAUUUGGAUUAAAUCCUUUUAUACUUUUAACAAAACAAUGAAUUAAAAACAAAAAUUGAUAUUAAAUAAAUUAAAAAUAAAUUUAAAAUAGAAAAGAAAAAAAAAAACUUGACUUUGCUCUCAAAGUCUCAAAUAAUAUCCAAAAAUCUUAAUUACUAGCUAAAAUUGGACUGA